AUGUAACCAUCACCAUAAUAGAUAUAAUAAUAAUAAUAGUUAUUAUAGUAACAAUAAUUCGAAUCAAAUUUAUUUUAUUAGCCUUAAAAGCCAGCAAAAGAUGUUUCUCCUAGAGACCCUGAUGUUUGGGAACCGCCAGCAAGAUAAGCUCCUUAAAAACCAAAGACUUCUGCUCCAUAAAAGAAAAUAAAUAAUCCUUAAUGUAAUAAUAAUUAAAAUAACAAUAAUAACAAAAGACGAAAUUAUGCUAAACCAUGGUAAAAUAAUGCAGUCGACAAUAGCAAUCCUAAGAAACAUUUAAUUGAUGAAAACGGGGAAAAGAGAAAAUCAUUUCUUAAUCAUUGUUAUCCAGAUGGAGUAGGUCCAGAUUCUGAUUUAGUUGGCAUGUUAGAAAAAGAAGUUGUAUGUUUUAACCCAGAUAUUAGUUUUGAUUAAAUUGCAGAGCUCGAUAAAGCUAAAGAAAUGCUUUAAGAAGCUGUCUUACUCCCUAUUUUAAUUCCUUAAUAUUUUAGAGGAAUUAGAAGGCCAUUGAAAGGAGUACUUAUGUUUGGACCUCCUGGAACAGGUAAAACUAUGCUUGCUAAAGCUGUCGCAACUCUUGGUAAGACAACUUUUUUUAAUGUUUCUGCUAGUAGUUUAGCUUCCAAAUGGAGGGGUGAUUCAGAGAAAUUAGUGAGGAUAUUAUUUGAAAUGGCAAGAUAUUAUGCCCCUAGUACAAUAUUUUUUGAUGAAGUAGAUGCUUUAGGUUCUAAGAGGACUGAAGGUGAAUGUGAAUCAAAUAGAAAAAUGAAAGCAGAAAUGCUUAUAUAAAUGGAUGGUGUUUCUAAUUCAUCAAGUGAUGAAAAAGAGAGAAAACAAGUAAUGGUAUUAGCAGCUACUAAUAGACCUUGGGAUCUCGAUGAAGCCUUAAGACGUAGAUUAGAAAAAAGAAUUCUAAUUCCUUUACCCUCUAUUUUAGGAAGAAAAUAAAUGUUUGAAAUAUGCAUGAAGAAAAUAAAUUGUAGAGCAGAUAUUGAUUGGGAUGAAAUAGUAAGAAAGACUGAAGGUUAUUCAGGUGCUGAUAUUGCAUUAGUAUGCAGGGAAGCUUCUUUCAUGCCUAUGAGAGAUAUAUUAAAAUAAGAAGGAGGUUUUAAAAAUAUAGAAAAUAUUAACAAUCUUGCAUAAAAUGGAGAAACGCCAUUAAGUUAAAGUGAUUUUGAAAGAGCAAUAAAAAAUGUAAAUAAAUCUGUUUCAAAUGAUGAUUUAGAAAAUUUUGAAAAGUGGAUGAUUGAAUUUGGAUCCACGUGA